CCAUUUUGGCCAGUGUGUCGGUUUAAGUGUUGGCGAUAUGCGCAGGUAGUAGAGUUAUUACGGUAGAAAUUGUUGGGUCGCUCAUAUACUAGGAAGUGUACAGCCCUGCCCUGCUCCAGCGUGUGCUUUUGCUAAACAGGCUGAAUUACAUUAGUUUGUCGUUCUCAUAAACCAACUUGCCAAGCGAAACACAGGAGGCCAAAAUGUUUUCCCCCAGGAUCUUGAAGACAGCUACGUCCUUGACAUCCAGAGCGUUUUCUGUAGGUCCGGUGUGCUUACAAGGGAAAGCUCCUGAUAUGGUUGAAGGAAACUCACACUUGCUUGUGACCAAUGUACGCAACAGGCUAAGACAAAUCGUAGGAGCAUCAACCAACUGGAAAGACCAUCAACAGGCGUUGGCGGAGAGAGCAUCACUGAGUGAGCACCUGGCUAGCAGUCAGAGCGAGCUGCCAGCAAAGACGAUGAAGGACAGCAUGAUUGAGGUUCAUCUUCCUCUGGGUACACAGCCUUCGCUCAGGGAGAAAUACCUCAACUACCACAACACUGUCAGGUUUGGUCGGAUUUUGGAGGACCUUGACAGUUUAGCAGUGCUCAUCUGUUACUCCCACACGUGGAAUAAAGAGCUGGAGAGAUCCCCACUGUCUAUUGUCACAGCCCUGGUGGACAAGAUUGACAUGAGAAAGAACAUUAUCUACCCAGAUUGUGACAUCAAGUUCACAGGUCAUGUGACGUGGGUUGGCAAGACCUCAAUUGAAGCCAAGAUGCACAUGACACAGUUCCAUGAUGGGGCUUAUAGUCCUGUGCUAGAUGCUACAUUUGUGAUGGUGGCUCGAGAUCCGGAGAACAAGAGGGCAGCUUUUGUAAACCCACUGAAACUACAGGGGCCAGAGGAGGAGAAGAUUUUUCAGCAAGGAGAGAUUAACAAGAAAAGGCGCGUGGACCUGAGCACAGCCUCUUUACUGAAGGUGGCACCAACAGCUGAAGAGAGGACGGUCGUUCACAGCCUUUUUCUCAGCACUCUCGACCCAAAAACUGUCAGCUUCCGGAGUCGAAUCCUUCCACCCAACUCCAUGUGGAUGGAGGAUGCUAAAAUGAAGGGCUUGGAGAUAUGUCAUCCACAGGAAAGGAACAUCUUCAAUCGGAUAUUUGGAGGCUUCCUGAUGAGGAAGGCGUAUGAGCUGGGCUGGGCCAAUGCCUGUGCAUUUGCUGGCUCUAGACCAAUUCUGGUAGCUGUGGAUGAUAUCCUCUUCCAGAAGCCAGUAGAGAUCGGCUCCCUGCUGUUGCUGUCUUCACAGGUGUGUUACACUGAGGGGGAGCACAUACAGGUCAGAGUUCACACUGAGGUUCUUGACCCCCUGACCAGACAGCACAGCACCACCAACGUCUUUCACUUUACGUUCCGAGUAGAGAAGGCCGUUCCAGCUAUUGUGCCCCAGAGCUAUGGAGAGUCCAUGCUCUACCUGGAUGGGAAAAGGCAUUUUAAUGAGACGAUGAAGGGCCAGUGACGACGACAAGAUCUGGCCAUAAAUAAAGCUUCCUGCCAAUGCAUUGCAAUGCAGUAUCGCGCACUUUUACACGUCAAAAGAAAACCCUCAUAACUCCACUUUUCACAGUUUGGAUUCUUUUACAGAAAUUGAAAACUGACACUCCCUUCUGCUUCCUCAGAGUGUUUUGUAACUGUGGACGAUGGAAAAAAUCCUGUGUGGUUUUUUUUUUUUUUUGGUUAGACCAGACAGUAUCAUUCAUAAGGUAUUUCUUUGUCCUGUCGAACAAUUCACCUUUUGGGGUUGGGUGUUUUUUUUAAUAGCGGUUUAUGACAUGUUUAUAUAUGAUGGCAUAUUGCUAAAUUGAGAAUGCUCCCAAUUUAAUAUUCUCGAGAAUGUAUGUUGUGUUUUUGUGUGUGAGAACACAUGGAAGUUGAAACAUUUCCCAUGUAAUAUUCUUAGAAUAUUUAUCUAUACUGAUAGUUGCUUUAAACAUACUCUUGUAAGUUACAGAUGGAUUGCAGGCACCACAAAAUAGGAUGGUUAAGACUGUUUACAAAGGUUUUUGCAUGUUGUUAAUCUAAGACACAAAGAGAUUUUUUGUAUUUUAUAUCAACAGAUGUACAGCUGUACUGAAUUCACCCAAAGCAUCCAAAGGCCUUUAGUCGUUUAAGCAUUCUUUAUGAUGGGGUCUGUUUACUCUUAAUUUUUAGCAUAUCGUCACUGUUGAGACAAAAUCUUGUAUCUUCAUUUUUGUUGUUUUUUAGUUUACAUUGUGUAUAAAAAAUUCACAAUGAACAGAAGAAUAGAAAUAAAUCUUGCUACAUAAAUUUCCAUUAAAAGGCAAGAAGGUUUUUUCCUUCACCUGUAAACCUACCAUUUUAGAGGUGCAAGGUUUUUUCAGACAGUGACAAUAUGCAGCGGUGUUUUGUUGCUGUUUCUAGCUGAAUUUUUUCAUUUUUCAGCUCUUGAUGGCAGUGGUUCUCAGACUGGGCAAAUAAAAACAAAAUUAGGAUUUUAUCAUUAAAAUACUUCAUUAUAGUACAUAAUUUAAGGUUGUCAUAUUGGAAAAUAACUAGAUAUUUUCCAGUUUUUGUCACAACACUCCAGUCCUAAAUAGGUUCAUAAAUGACAGCUGUAGUAAGUGAGGUAAGUGUUGUAGACUUAAUAGUUAGCAAGCCAGAAAACAGGUUCAUAUAGCUCAGCAGUCCCGCAUAGUAUCAGUAAAGAAUUUUUUCUGCAUUGUGAUUUUUUUGCCAUUUAUACACCAGCUAUAGCAAAUUUUGCGUGACAGAACAAAACUUUUUUCAAGUGUUUAUUUUUGUCUGUUAAAACGCACAAUGUUUAUCCAUCUUCUGAUGUGUUUUAAAAACACAUUACAGCUUUUUAAUAAAGUUUGUCCAAAAGUACUCAAAAA